CCCCAGGCUUCACAGACAGGCUCCCCCGGCGAAGACGAGGAGAACGGCACCCUGGUGUCCGUCUCCACCACCUUCUUUCCAGGCGCCGCUCUCGACCCAGGCGCUCUCGCCGACCUCGUCGUUCUCUCCUCCGACUCUGUCUUCUUCUAUGUCAGCUCCCACAGGCUCCUCCGAGCCUCAGAAAACGCUUUCAAUUUCUUGCUCCCGGUGCCCCCAAAGAAAGAAGGAGAGGCGCCUGGCCACAUUCUUUCUCUUCACGAACACUCCGCCGUCAUAAAUGUUCUCCUGCAUGCGAUCUACAACAUGCCCGUGGGCCAUUACUCUCCCGCGACAGAGACCAUGAUCGCAGCCGUGCACGCCAUGGCCACGUACGGAAUUCCUGCCAAGACCCAUGUAGCACCAUCCACCCCUCUAUUUAACGCACUUCUUGCCAACGCCUCGUCGUCCCCCGUCGAAAUAUACGCCCUUGCAGCUUCGUGUGACCUUUACGACCUCGCGAUGUCCAUAUCCCCACAUCUUCUCUCAUUCCCCCUUUCCUCUCUGACAGACGAUAUAGUGAAGAAAGUGGGGCCCGUAUACCUCAAGCGCCUGUUCUUCCUGCAUCUCGGCCGUGUCGACGCUCUCAAACGCCUCCUGCUCCCUCCUCCACAUCCGCAUGCUCCAACGUCAUCUUGUGAUUCUACAGAUCAAAAGAAGCUCACACGGGCUUGGGCGUUGGCCUCGGCGUAUCUGGCGUGGGAUGCUCGACCGGAUCUGUCCACAGCGUCUAUCGAAGCUGCACUCGCCCCGCUGGCCGUCCACCUGUCAUGCGACCUAUGCAAAAUCUCACUUCGGGAAAGGAUCAACAACCUUCUCGUCCAGUGGUCCGUCGUCAAGGUAGGCAGAUUCCGUUUGGCGAUAUCAGCAUUCAGAUUGGGCUCACUAUUCCAAAGAGGACUAUCUAAAUUUUCUUCAUCGGUACGUCUGUCAGAUUCAGUUCGUAGGAAGAAGACCUGUCACUUACGUUGGCAACUCUCCAGCUCAAGACCCGGUUCAAUCUCUGUCGGUUCAAAAAUAACACACGCAUGA